AGCUGUCAGUCCAGUGUCUGUUCCUGGAUGUGAGAGAGCUGGCAGAGCGCUUUCCUCAGGAAAGAGUAGAUGCUACAGCACUGCUGAAAGAUAUUUCCUCCACUGAAAAGGGAAUACACCACAGUAGUCUCUAGCUACAGUGAAGGAGCCAGUCAUGGCGCUGCGCCCACGGGCUUCCUCCCAGCCUGGGAAACCUUCGUUCUUACAGAGCCCCAAGGUGGUCAUGGCUCUGCGGCCCAGGGCCGUGUCCUCUCACUCGGGCUCCAUGUUGGAAGAUGAGCUAACCUGCUCUGUGUGCUGCGAGAUCUUCAGGGACCCUGUGGUGCUCAAGUGCACCCACAGCUUCUGCCGGGCCUGCCUGCAGCAGUUCUGGAACCAGAAGAAGGCGAGGCGCGAGUGUCCAGUGUGCCGCAGAAAGUGUUCCCUGACAGAGCCCACAGUGAGCCUGGCUCUGAAGAACGUGGCCGAUACCUUCUUCAGGGAGCAGAGGAUCCAGGGCGAGGCGGGCGGGGGGCCAGACAGAGGGGGCGUCCCAGUGAAGUCUGAGGCAAAGUGCCACACACACGGGGAGGUGCUGAAGCUGUUCUGCCAGGACGAUGCCGAGGUGCUCUGCUGUGUGUGUCACACAUCUAAGAGGCACCAGGGCCACUGUGUGAUCCCACUGGAGGAGGGGGCCCAGGAGCUCAAGGAAGAAAUGAAGAAAGAAUUGAUCCCUCUGAAGAAGAGCCUCCGUGGCCUCUAUGAAGCCAAGCAGGAGUGUGAUGACACAACUGUGCACAUCAAGAGCCAGACCCAGCAGACAGAGAAUCACAUCAGAGAGGAGUUUGAGCAGCUCAGGCAGUUCCUUCAGAAUGAGGAGGAAACCAGGAUAGCUAUUCUACAGGAGGAAGAUGAGCAGAAGAGACAUCUGGUGAGGAAGAAGACAGAGGGCAUCACGGCAGACAUCCUCACCCUCUCUCACGCCAUCAUCGCUAUUGAUAAUGACAUAGCCUCCAGUGAUGCUCUUUUCCUCCAGAACUACAGAAACACAAAGAAGAGAGCUGUGAUACCUCAGAAGGGUCCAGAGGAGAUCUCCGGUGCUAUGAUCAACGUGGCGAAGCAUGUCAGCUCCCUCAAGUACAAGGUCUGGGAGAAGAUGGUGGGGCUGGUGGAGUACACUCCUGUGACUCUGGAUCCUAACACGGCCUACUCCUGGCUCUCUCUGAACAAGGACCUGACCAGUGUGACCAACAGUGGUCAUGUGCAGGUGCUCCCAGACAACCCAGAGCGUUUUGACCACUUCGUGUUCGUCCUGGGCUCUGAGGGCUUCACCACCGGCUGCCACGCCUGGGAGGUAGAGGUGGGGGACAAGGACGACUGGAUGCUGGGUGUGGUCAAGGAGUCCAUUAACAGGAAGGGCCGGAUCUCAGGCUGCCCUGAGGGUGGCUUGUGGAUGAUCUCCCACUGCGAGGGUGAGUAUAUGGCCGUGACCCGGCCACGCACCCCUCUCAAACUGACAGGGGAGCUGAAGAGGGUCAGGGUACAGCUGGACUACGAGUCUGGGGAGGUGACCUUCUCCAACCCUGUUAAUAUGACCUCCAUCUACACCUUCAAUGAUUUCUUCACUGAGAGGAUGUUCCCCUUCUUCUGCCCUGGGGCCAACAUCAACGGCAACAACCCCGGCCCGCUGAAGAUCUGCCCGGUCAAAGUGGCUGUGUGGAACAGCGCCACCUGGUGAUGAGGAGUGGUUCUGAUCGCACCAUUCAAAGAGAGUGGUAGCUGUACAUCCAAGGCACAUAUCCAGCCUCAAGACACAUAAGUAAUGGAGUAGUGAAAUGUUUGGCACGGUGUGUGCGGAAAACAUUUUGAAAGAUCUUUUAGAGAUUUUUUUGAUUGCCUUUUGACUUUAUUGAUAGAAGAAAUUAGAUCCUGAUUAUUACCGAAAGACUCCAUUUGACAUGGGCUUUUUUGCCAUGUUAUGGAAUGUGUAGUAAAGAGCACGUGUGAGAUGAAUGAAGAUAUUCAAUACGACACAAUGAAUAUUACAAUUCCUCUAUAUAAAAGCCCCAAAAGGUAGUUUUUUUCCAUUCUCAAUUGAAUAAACUUUGGGGGGAUACCACUUGAUUUUACUCAUGUUUAUUUGAUGUGUAUUUAUAGAACGAUUAUAAAAUAUUGUGUUCAGAGUUCUCCAGUGUUCAGUACAAUCCAGUGAGUUUACCAGGGCAUGACUUUUCCCUCAUAGUCCAGGAAGGCCCCAGUCUGAGUCCAUCACGCUCAGGAGUCCUUCCACACUCUCUGGAGCAUCGCCCCCUGGUGGUCAUAGUAAACACAUACAUGGUCGGCCUCUGUAGCAGUAGUGGUAUUAGACUUAUAUUGGUACAUGACUAAUCAAAGCCUUUCAAAUGUUGUCUUGACCCCACCAGAUAAUCAAAACAGAAUAUCAGACCAAAGCCCAGUUGUAGGCUUAUGCCACGACCCACUAUUGGGUUCUGACUCCUGCUCCUGAUGGACUACUGGGACAACGCUGCUCUAAGGUGCUUAAACAUAGUUCAUUACAAUCUUUCCCACCCUGAGGUCAAUGCACUCAAUAGAAGCACCCUGCCAGUCAGACUCACCCCUUCUCCACCCUGCCAGUCAGACUCACCCCUUCUCCACCCUGCCAGUCAGACUCACCCCUUCUCCACCCUGCCAGUCAGACUCACCCCUUCUCCACCCUGCCAGUCAGACUCACCCCUUCUCCACCCUGCCAGUCAGACUCACCCCUUCUCCACCCUGCCAGUCAGACUCACUCCUUCUCCACCCUGCCAGUCAGACUCACCCCUUCUCCACCCUGCCAGUCAGACUCACCCCUUCUCCACCCUGCCAGUCAGACUCACCCCUUCUCCACCCUGCCAGUCAGACUCACCCCUUCUCCACCCUGCCAGUCAGACUCACUCCUUCUCCACCCUGCCAGUCAGACUCACUCCUUCUCCACCCUGCCAGUCAGACUCACUCCUUCUCCACCCUGCCAGUCAGACUCACUCCUUCUCCACCCUGCCAGUCAGACUCACCCCUUCUCCACCCUGCCAGUCAGACUCACCCCUUCUCCACCCUGCCAGUCAGACUCACUCCUUCUCCACCCUGCCAGUCAGACUCACUCCUUCUCCACCCUGCCAGUCAGACUCACCCCUUCUCCACCCUGCCAGUCAGACUCACCCCUUCUCCACCCUGCCAGUCAGACUCACCCCUUCUCCACCCUGCCAGUCAGACUCACUCCUUCUCCACCCUGCCAGUCAGACUCACUCCUUCUCCACCCUGCCAGUCAGACUCACUCCUUCUCCACCCUGCCAGUCAGACUCACUCCUUCUCCACCCUGCCAGUCAGACUCACUCCUUCUCCACCCUGCCAGUCAGACUCACUCCUUCUCCACCCUGCCAGUCAGACUCACUCCUUCUCCACCCUGCCAGUCAGACUCACUCCUUCUCCACCCUGCCAGUCA